GCUCAGCCACAUGGCGGAAGUGGCUGGAAAGAGGUUGUUCCGGAUCAUCUCAGUGCCCUACCCGACCUAACCCGGUACUGUCCUGGUCGGUAUUCGCUGGUCGUCCGAGUUCGAAGCCGUGAGAUCGCAGUUUAUACUUUUGAAUUUGUCCAGAGUGCCCGGAAGAGCUGAGAAGCAUGGCCGUUGUGGACGUCAGCACCGUGUUUAAGGAGUUGGUGGUGUUCAGGGACGUGGCUGUGGAGUUCUGUAAGGAGGAGUGGGAGUGUCUGGGCCCUGAGCAGAGGUCGCUAUACAGAGAUGUGAUGCUGGAGAACUACAGCAACUUUGUGUCGCUGGGACUUGCCAUUUCUAAGCCAUCAAUAAUUUCACUGCUGGAGCAAGGCAAAGAGCCCUGGAUAGUGGAGCAAGCAGGAUGGUGCCCAGAUCUGCUGUCUGUAAAUGAAGCUAAGAGUUUGUCUCUAAAGAAUGGCAUCUUUGGAAAGGAAUCGUUAAAAUGGAAAAUAAUAGAAAGAGUUGGUAGUUCUUGCCUUGAGGAAUCUUGUUUUGGAGAUGAUUGGAAAUGCAAGGGACUCCUUGAGACAAAACGGGAAUCUACAGAGGAAUAUUUACAGGGAGUGACAGACCCGUUGGAAGAGACGUCAGCCAGAUUCGUUCAGCCUGCACCCAUUGCUCUGAGUGAAGUGACGCAUUCCGAAACGAAACUCUCUGAGCAGGACGCAGGCGAAACCAUCACUCAACAGGUGCGAAUUCCUACCAGUGACAAACUUAAUGAAAUGUACGAGAAUGCCUUUAUCUAUUACACAGGUGAGAUGAAGCGUCAGCAGGACUUUGCUGGGGACAGAUGUGAUGAGCUAAAGGCGUGCAGCAGAGGAUUCGCCUAUGACUUUCAGCUCGCCCCGUAUCAGAUCAACAAGAAGCCCUACCAGUGCGAGAUCUGUGGCAAGAUCUUUGAGAAGCACGCUUACCUUGUUCAGCAUAACCGCUUUCACACGGGGGAGAAACCCUGCGAAUGUAAGGAGUGCGGGAAAGCCUUCACCAACUGCUCGCUGCUCGUCCAGCACCAGAGGGUCCACACGGACGAGAAGCCCUACGAGUGCAAGCACUGUGGGAAGGCCUUCCUCUACUUCUCCACGUUUUUUCAGCAUCAGAGAACCCACACCAACGAGAAGCCAUACGAAUGCCACAAAUGUCAGAAGGCCUUUAACAAGAGUGCCAACCUCACUAGACAUCAAAGGAUCCACAGCGGCGAGAAACCCUACGAGUGUAACUUAUGCGGAAAGACCUUCACUUGGGCUUCCAACCUGAAUGAUCACCAAAAGAUUCACACCGGCGAAAAACCUUACGAGUGUAACUACUGCGAAAAGGCCUUUCUCUGCCAUUCGGCCUUCAUGAAACACUAUAGAACUCACACAAACGAGAAGCCCUACGAGUGCCAGGAGUGUAUGAAGGCCUUCCGGCAGAAAGCCCAUCUCAUCCAGCAUCAGCGAGUCCACACUGGCGAAAAACCUUACGAAUGUAAGGAGUGUGGGAAGGCCUUCGCGUGUCCUUCCUACUUUAACAGACACCAGAGGAUUCACACUGGAGAGAGGCCUUAUGAGUGUAAAGAGUGUGGGAAGGCUUUCAUUGAUUGUAAAACUCUCAUUCUGCACCAGAGGAUCCACACUGGCGAGAAGCCCUUCCAGUGCCAGCAGUGUAGCAAGGCCUUCAGGCAGAGGUCCCACCUGACGCAGCAUCAGAGGAUCCACACUGGCGAGAAGCCCUACGAGUGUAAGGAGUGCGGGCAGGCCUUCACUCGGCUCUUACAGGUGAAGAAACACCAGAGAGUCCACACGGUGGGGGAAAUCCUGUGUAUCUGAACACUGCCCUCUAUUUACUGAAAAUCCCUGACUCAGCAUCUUCACAACCACACAGAAGAUAAACAUUAAUGACUCGGAAAUGCGGGAAACACCUUUAUGUGUCCCUCAGCUAUGCAGACUGCUGGAAAAGCCUUCUGGAAGGGAAGGGUGUGAAACAACCUCUCAGACUGUGCUUCACGUUGUGCAAUUUAUACUAUGCUCAAAAUAGGAAGCUCUCCUUAUUUUCGGCUAUUCGUUAUGGAAUAGAGUUUGUCAGAGAGAACCAUCUGAUGACUAUUCUAUUUUUUUUUUUUGCUUUCUUCUUUUUUGUUUUUUGUUUUUUUGCUUUAUAACCUACUGUUUAUUGAGUAUUAAUUCACAUAGGAAAAAUAAAAAUUAAAUUAUGAAUAGAAAUACUAAUUCUAUUACCAGUAGAAGGGUUCUAUUUAAGUAUAGUUAUAGACAGUACCACAUAGAGAACAAUGGUGUGCAUGCUGUUAGUGUAGGGGUUUCACAUGCAUCGAUUGCUGACUGUGUUUUAUUAAGUUGACUUCAGCCCUGCUUCAGAUUGCUGCCUUUUAGCUGGGAGGAUGGUUAUUUUGGGGACGGGAUGAAUCAGUAAAUGGGGUCUUUGGCAUAGCUGCUAGACAGGAUCAGGAAGGAUUCGGAACCGUCCUCUUAUGAUGUUCUUUGUUACUAUUUUUGGAACAUUCAUACCCACUUUAUUCAUGACAUCGCCUGUCAGUGCUUGUCCCAUGCCAAAGCCUUCAAAAGGAGUUCCGGCGUGACAGUGAUUGGAACGGAACACGAGCAGAUUUCCACUUCGACUUGAGUUGAGUCUGAAAGCCGACCCUAGCAAGGCCACAUGGACUCACUGCUCAGGGUGCCCGGCACAGCAGAGGACAGUCGGAUCUGUGCAGGACAAGAAUUGGAACAAACUCAUAAUCUGUCACCGUCACCAGGUGACUCUCAGUCAUGUGAAAAGUGCAGUCUGAAAAUACAGCUUGCUUCAGUGUGGAAGAACAACAGCUCUACACACUAAAGCCUGGCGUGGUUCAUUUGAAUAGAUGUUGUCAAAUUACACACCUUCCCCCCCCCCCCCAAAGAGCAAUAAAUCUUAGAGUUGACAGCAGAAUUACACAUUAUAUACAAUAAUCAAUGAAUUUAAAGAAGUUUCUAAAAACCAUCAAUAAAAUGGAUAACCGGACUUUAGGAGCUUUUUCCAAAUCUGAUACAUAGACUAGGUUUUCGGGGGCCUAGAGGGACAUUUGAAAGACACAAGCACAACCGUCAGAGCUAAUGGGAAGUAGAGCAUUCCCAGGCAGAAGUAUGUUUGUUCGGUUGGCUUUGGUGGGUUUUAUUUUAAGACAUGGUCUUUCUUAAACUUGUGGCAAUCCUCCUGCUUGAACCUACUGAGUGCUGGGAUUAGAAGUGUGAGCUACCACACUGGCUUGAACUUGGAGCCUUGAGCCUGCUCAGCUUGGCUCUGCCCUAGAGCCUUUUAUUCCCGGCUCUCUUUGUUCUGAGGCAGGCAGGGUCUUGGCUAAAUGGCCUAGGCAGGCUUUGGUGCCCUUACAUUAAGCCUCUCAAAUAGCUGGGGCUAUAGACCUCUGUUACCAGGUACAGACAGAAAGUUUGACUGCUAUAAAAUAAGGUAUUCUCCAGAUUUCAAAAUCAGGCAGCAAGCAAAGGCAGUGAACAUGGAAUUUGCCAGUGGGAAAUUGUGUGGUAGAAUGGUCAACAUAAAUUGUAUCAGUAACUCCAAUAACCUUUUGAAUAGGCUGAUUGCUGUAGUUGAAAGGAAGUGUUUUUUAAUUUUUUAAACAGAUUUUUUUUCUUCAAAGGUUUAUUUAUUAUAUGUAAGCACACUGUAGCUGUCUUCAGACACACCAGAAGAAGGCAUCCGAUUUCAUUACAGAUGUUUGUGAGCCACCAUGUGGUUUCUGGGAUGUGAACUCAGGACCUCCUGAAGAGCAGUCAGUGCUCUUAACCGCUGAACCAUCUCUCCAGCCCCCCCCCCCCCGAAAGGAAGCUUUUUUUCUCAUUUAAAUGGAAUACUAGGUUGGUGUGGGUCAUAUCUGAAAUUAUCCCUGGCAAGGAACGAUAUUGCUGUGGCUUCAGAUUAGCCUGAGGUCCAUAGGACAGCCCCAGCUUAAAAGUGGGAAAGGGAAGACAGACAAUGCUGCAGAAAGAUCAAAACUGAGGGACGGGGGAAGCCCGUGCUGUUGAGAUACUAACCAAAGGAGUUCAAGAAGAAACAACAAAAAACUGGUUUACCAAAAAAUUAGGGAAAAAAGAACAUAAUGUGUGAAGAUUCGUUAAAAGGGUCAGGAUGCUUUUAUUUGUAUGUAACCAGCAGCAUGGGCUCCAUAAAGAAAAAGCAAAAGUUAAUCAGAACUACAAAGAAAAAAGCCAGCUUGGACUUUAACAUGGCUGUCAGGCAAAAUCAGGACAGCACAUUUGAACAAAGACCAUUGAAAAGUCUAACACACACAUGGCCUCUCGCAAACUUACAGAAUACUCUUUUAUAUAAGAAUUUAUUUCCUGUGUCUUAAACUUCAAGUCUGAAUCAGUAUCAGUCAGUUCUAAUUUAUCUAAUGCAUUCUUACCUAGGCCUAGAGAUGUCGCUCCAUAUAUUUUGAAAUAUCUUAAAUAUCCUUGAAACAACCAUUAGUUAAAGAAAACUUAAUGGAGCUGAGGAGGAAGUGGUAGUUUGUGGUAUGCAGUCGUGUGUAGCGGACAGGGUUUCCAGGAAACAGGUCCCGUGAGGAAUUCAUUGUCUCAAGAUGAUAGAGCAUUUUAAAAGGUGGAAGCAAAUGUAACACGUUAGGAAUUUAGUGGGAAGCAAAAGUUGAUACAAGUUUUUAAACAGUUGACAUAUUCUGGGAUAAUCUUUCGCUGUUAAGAAGGAAUUACUGACGUGGGUAGUGAUGUCUCUCACAUCUUUAAUCCUAGCAGAGGCUAGAUGAUUUCUGAGUUCCAGGCCAGUCUGGUCUACAUAGUGAGACCCUGUCUGGGGGGGGGGGGGGGAAUAAAAGUGGAGGCUGUGGGGAUCACAAGGCAUAGUUCCUAAGGCCUGCAUUCCAGCACUCAGGAGUGUAGGCCCUGAGCAGCCUGGGCUACAUAAUGAGACUCCUUCUCAACACUGAAACUGAAUCCUACACAUUAUUGAAGAAUGAGCCCUUUAGCACUUCUACGUGUAGGAAGUGGAACAUGUUAGAAAAUAAAGACUAAUGCCCUCAUUCAUAGUUCUUGUCUGUCUAGUGGGGUUUUUGGCCUUAACCACAGUUAGUUGAAUCGAACGCUUUCUGAGGUAUGUAGACCCUUUUCUCCCUUGCGAUAGAGAACGAGGUGAUGAUCUUUGUACAUAUUAGCUUCUAUCUGCAGAUAUCUAUUAAAGGUUCAUCCCUGGGUUGGAGUUGCUACUUUCUAGUAUAUGUACAUUUACAAAAGGCCAAUGUUACUAGCUUUUGGUUCUUUCUCCAAUGUUACAUAGUGCCCCUAUCCAAUCAUUUUUCUGACACUUUUUUGUUUGUUAAAGCUUUGAUUUCGCUAGUCUGUUAGGUAAAAAGUGUUAUGACAGUUUAAUUUGCAUUUUUCCUGCUGUAUGUAACUUGCAUCUAAUGCCAUAUUUUCCUAUUUUCAAAUAUUACAUUUUCUGUGGAGUGUCUCAGUACCAUUUUCUGUUGAAUGAUUGCUUUCCUGAUGGCUAUGUAAGACUUAUAAUCCUCUCGAACUGUGUUUAUACCAGUUUUCUCUUUUUUAUGCCUGGUUUGGAUUUGUAGACUUAAGCAAUUCAUGAUUGGAAGGUAUCUGUCUUGGUGUUAAUGCUUGUAAAUCAUUUUCCCCCAUUCCAAUAUAUUUUCCAAAAUCCCA